CCGGAGCUGCAGGUCCGGUAGACAGGAAGGGACGGUGAAGCCUAGCGCGAGCGUUUCCUGCGCGCGGGGACUUCGCAGUGGGAAUCCGCCUGGCAGAGGCAGGGCGGCGGAGUGCAGAGAGACCCACCCCCGGGAGGCAACCGGGUUGGCGGAGCAGGGAGCGGGAAAACAGGGUUGAUACGAACCUCCUCCGUCGGCGGGCUGGAGCAAAGUGCAAGACAGACAUCCCUGAGUUUGGCUGUCCUGGGGUGCCACGGCUGGCCCCGGUGGUCCCAGACCCGACGGGCGGCGCGGAGACACACGUGGCUAGCCGUGCGCCCGGCUGUGUUUACAUUCUGCAGCCUCUCCACGUUGUGCUGCCGUCCUCGUCUCCCAUUGGCCAGUUCGGCAGCCAAAGUGGCGCUCCUCCCUCAGGGGCGGGUCCUCCUGGUCCCGGCGUCUCAUCCGCAAUAACCGGGUUCCUUGAGCACUUAGCGGGACAGCCCCAGAGCACCACAGGAUGGCCACUUCCUGGCUACUCUGUGCUCACCCACGUCGCCUCCACCUGGUCGUAAGCCGGGAUUGAGCCGCUGCCCGACACCGACGGGAUCCGGGAGUUGAGGGCGGUAGGGAACUGGAAACUACUGGCGGGAGACGCGGAAGCAGGGCGGUGGGGAGCCGAACCUUGGAGGAGGGGCCUCUGAGAGACUCCCUCCCGCCGCCAGGCAUCGCAGGCAGAGCUUUCACACACCUGAAAGAAGAGAAUGUCAAGACGCAGUAGCCGUUUACAAGCUAAGCAGCAGCAGCAACCCCAGCCCAGCCAGACGGAUUCCCCUCCAGAAGCCCAGAUAAUUCAGGCCAAGAAGAGAAAAACAGCCCAGGAUGUCAAAAAAAGAAAAGAGGAGGUCACCAAGAGACAUCAGUAUGAGAUUAGGAAUUGUUGGCCACCUGUAUUAUCUGGAGGGAUCAGUCCUUGUAUAAUCAUUGAAACACCCCACAAAGAAAUAGGAACAAGUGACUUCUCCAGAUUUACAAAUUACAGAUUUAAAAAUCUUUUUAUUAAUCCUUCACCUUUGCCUGAUUUAAGUUGGGGAUGCUCAACUGAUGUUUGGCUAAACAUGCUAAAAAAAGAGACUAGAUACGUUCAUGACAAACAUUUUGAAGUUCUGCAUUCUGACCUGGAACCACAGAUGAGGUCAAUACUUCUAGACUGGCUUUUAGAGGUAUGUGAAGUAUACACACUUCAUAGAGAAACAUUUUACCUUGCACAAGACUUUUUUGACAGAUUUAUGUUGACACAAAAGGAUAUAAAUAAAAAUAUGCUUCAGCUCAUUGGAAUUACCUCAUUAUUCAUUGCUUCCAAACUUGAGGAAAUCUAUGCUCCUAAGCUCCAAGAGUUUGCUUAUGUCACUGAUGGUGCCUGCAGUGAAGAGGAUAUCUUAAGAAUGGAACUUAUUAUAUUAAAGGCUUUAAAAUGGGAACUCUGUCCUGUAACAGUCAUCUCCUGGCUAAAUCUCUUCCUCCAAGUUGAUGCUCUUAAAGAUGCUCCUAAAGUUCUUCUACCUCAGUAUUCUCAGGAAAAGUUCAUUCAAAUAGCUCAGCUUUUAGAUCUGUGUAUUCUAGCCAUCGACUCAUUAGAAUUCCAGUACAGAAUCCUGGCUGCCGCUGCCUUGUGCCAUUUUACCUCUAUUGAAGUGGUUAAGAAAGCCUCAGGUUUGGAAUGGGACAACAUUUCUGAAUGUGUAGACUGGAUGGUGCCUUUUGCCAGUGUAGUAAAAAGUACUAGUCCUGUGAAGCUGAAGAUUUUUAAGAAGAUUUCUAUGGAAGACAGACACAAUAUCCAGACACAUACAAAUUAUCUGGCUAUGCUGGAUGAAGUAAAUUAUGUAAACACCUUUCAAAAGGGGGGACAGUUGUCACCAGUGUGCAGUGGAGGCAUUAUGACACCACCGAAGAGCACUGAAAAACCACCAGGAAAAUACUAACGAAGGUUAACUAAGCAAACAAGUUG